AUGCUCAAAUCAAGUGAAGAAAAUUUGAACAAAAAGCCUUCGAUUUAUUGUCUAAUUGUACUCUUUGAUCCAAAUGACUCGCAAUUAGCGUUAAAAGUCAAAACAACCUGGUCCAAUCAUUGCAGUCGCGCGUUGUUCGUCAGCGAGAAACAGCACGAAGUGUUAGAGCCGUUGGUCAUACGUCAGCCGAGUCCCAUACGCGAACAUAAAUGGCAGCGUUUAAAGUUGGCCUUGCGCUAUCUCUAUGAGAACCACUUCGACGAGGUUGACUGGCUCCUCAUCUCCGACGAAACCAACUAUGUAGUUUUGGAAAAUUUACGCAAGAUGCUGAAACCUUACUCCCCCGAUGAACCCAUUAACUUUGGCUGCAAGAUGUGGGAUAACGAUAAUCAGACUUAUAUGCAUGGCGGCAUAGUGCUCAGCCACGAGGCCUUGCGGCGACUUGUCGUCGAGGGUUUCACUAACUCAAGCCUUUGUAAUCCGAACGAUAGCGCUUACGCCAGUGAAGAAAUGGGCAAAUGUCUAAAAAACUUAGGCGUGGUUGAUGGUGACAGUCGAGACGCUAUGGGACGUCAGCGCUUUAUACCUUUCCCUCCUGAACAUUUUCUAACAGAGUUGUCGCCGGAAAAGGAGGAAUGGUUUGUGACUCACUCCUUUUAUGAAAUCAAUAUGCGAACCCAUGUCACUAUACCUUACUUCACGCAAACUGACCACUACCCCGACGCUAAUCGCGUCAUUCUACUAUCAACCGCUGAAAUUGUGGUACAAGAUUAUAGGGACGUCGGCAAUCCACACUCUAUGAUAACAGUUCGUUUGCCUAAUUCAUCACAGAGGCGUGUGUCCAACGCCUUCAGCCCGGACCUAUAG